GUGGAAUUUGGAUGCUGCAUGGGGUUCUCCAACAGGCAAAACCUGACUGCAUAGCGCCGAACUCUCUUUGAAUUAGUUAACCCUCCAAAAGGAUCUGCUGGCCAAGAUGGACCUGGAUGUGAUGAAUAUGUUUGCCGUUGCGCUGGGGACCAUGGCGAUUCCUCUCCUGCUUUUCAUGGCUUCUUUUCUCCUAUGGCCAUCUUCUCUCAUCAAAGUGUACUACUGGUACUGGAGGCGGACUCUGGGUCUGCAGGUGCGCUAUGCUGACUGUGGUGGGUACCGGUUCUGCUUCUCCUACAGAGGGAGACCAGGACACAGGCCCUCCAUUCUCAUGCUGCAUGGCUUCUCUGCCCACAAGGACACAUGGCUGUCUUUGGUUAAGUAUCUGCCUAAACAUCUACACAUACUUUGUGUGGACAUGCCAGGCCAUGAGGGUACCACUCGCACUAAUAAAGAGGAUUACUCCAUCCAAGGUCAAGUUAGGAGAAUACGGCAGUUUGUGGAAUGCAUUCGACUAAACAGGAAGCCAUUCCAUUUAGUAGGCACUUCAAUGGGUGGGAAUGUGGCAGGGGUGUAUGCAGCCACAUACCCUGCUGACGUCUGCAGCAUCACCCUCAUCUGUCCAGCUGGCAUUAAGUACCCAUGUGAGACCAAAUUUGACAACCACUUGCAGGACCUUGAGGAAAGCCACUACACGCUUAACAUCCCCCUUAUCCCCACCAACCCCGAGGAGAUGGAGGACAUGCUCAAGCUCUGCUCUCACGUCAGAUUCAAAGUCCCCCAGCAGAUCCUUCAAGGAUUAGUGGAUGUGAGAACUCCCCACAAUGAUUUUUAUCAAGAGGUGUUUAUGGAACUUGUGGCAGAAAGCUCACGAUUAGCCUUACAUGAACAUAUGCACCUAAUCACAUCACCUUUACAAGUCAUAUGGGGUAAACAAGACCAGAUUGUAGAUGUUUCGGGGGCCACAGUGAUUGCUGAGACUUUGCCCGGGUGUCAAGUGGACUUGCUAGACAAUUGUGGCCAUUCUGUGGUGAUGGAGCGACCACGCAGAACAGCCAAGCUCAUGCUGGACUUCAUUAUCACUCAGCAGAACAUAAGAAGUGAAAGCAAUAAGAAGAAAUGCUGACCAACUCAGUGAAUAUGUGUUUUAUGUGUUAUCUGUGGUUUAUUUACUUCCAAAGUAGACCUAACAAUCCUUUUGUUAAAAAGAAAUCUAAUGAUUUACAGCACCUGCUGUACAGGUGUUGACCUUG